AUGGGCCGGCGCGGGUCAUCCCAGCUCGGGCUCGGCUGCAGUAUGGAGGCGGCUUCACUCUGCUGUUUGCUGUGUCAGCUCGUCCUCUCGGUUCAGGUGCUGUACGCUGAGAACAGAGUGUCUCUCCUGAACCCCCCAGAAGAAGCAGUCCCAGACCACCGCCUGAAGGUCCAGUACUCCUGCGACGGUCCAGGCCGGGUCCACCUCCGCACCCUUGUGUCCUUUGAGUCAGGCUCAGAUCUGACCCUCGACCUCACAAGCUGGAGCUGCGUCCAAGGCCCCGGCAGAACUCGCACCCUGACCCUGGGCCUCCCCGACUGGCUGGUGUACCGGCCGGACGGGACAGUGCGGCUCUCCCAGUGGGUGCGCAGCUGCCUCCUGCGGGUGUCCCUCACGGCGAUGGGGGCGGAUGAAGAUGAUGAGGGGGGUGUGGUGGUGCAGGACGAGGCGUACCUGGAGCCAAAGCCGAUCUUCAGCCGUCCGUUCAAACAACACAAACUGUGCUUCAGCUGGAGCGGACUCAUGCUGAAAGGAGCUCAGCAGUUUGACGGGAUGGUGUGUCCUGUGGAGGAGGAGACCGUCUCUCUGCUGUCCUCCGUCUUCGCCUCUACAGGGGAACACUUUGGGGUCACCAGGACACUUCAGCCUUUUCACCAUGAGGUCCUGGAGCACCUCCGGCUCAAAGCCAUCUCCUUUGUCUGGUGCAGAUUUUCCUUGUGGCUCUUUGUGACUGCUUCCUGUCGCCACAAUCUGUGUUCUGUCUUCCAUCACAUCGACCUCGAGCAGCGAUACGUCAGUCCCGGGCUCUUCCUCACUCCCACAGGUCAUCUGCAUGUCCAGAUGAGCGGGGAGCAGGAGCAGAGCGGUGCCUUCCUCUGCCCCUUCAGGCUCCCUCUGAGACGCUGGUGCCAACUCACCCUGGAGCUGCGUGUAUCCAAGGUUGACGUGUCCAUGGUGUGUGCGGAGGGUGACCAGAGGAAAGUACACACUGCUCGAUAUGUUUUUGGAUAUGAUCUGGAGAUGGACGACACUGACGGGUACUUUGUAAUUGGAGGAAGCAACCACGCCCCGUCAGUGGAGGGCUUCUUUGGACCGGUGCUGUUCCAUCGCAAAAGGAUCCCUGAGCCGACCCAGAACAUGGUGGAAGUUCCUCAUGUGAUCCACUCACUGAGUCUGGACAGUUGGCUGCAAAAGUGCGAUGACUUUCAGCACCACAUGAGUCUGAAGAUCAGGGAGUAUUUGAAAACCAUGACAGAGAGCUGCACAGAUGUCUAUCUCCAGUACAUGAAGCCUCUCACACAGACUGUCAGGCCUCAGUGUGAAGACGGGGAGGCUGUGCCUGGAAGCACACAGUAUGCUGCUAAAGUGGCCAAGUCCCUGGUCUCCAAAAAAGGACACAGAGUGAGUGUGAGGACUGUGGGCCGGGCUCUGUACCGUGUGGCUCUGCAGAAGCUGUCUGUCUCUGUGUCUGGCUCCAGAGUCCAGAAACACCUGCCGCUGCUGCAGCAGGCGGGCUGUCUGCAGGAGCCCUCUGCCCUGCAUCUGUCUGCAGCUCUGUACUCCGCUGGGCUGGGGGUCCGGCAGAACACAGACCAGUCCUGGCUCCUCUCCCUGCUCUCAGCCCAGAGGGACCACAGACUGUCUCUCCUUCGGUUGGGCUUCCUGCAUCUUCAUGGUCUCUCUGGACUUCCCAGAGACCCGGACCUGGCCUAUGCUUACUACUCUAACAUCGCCCAGCAGACUGUGACUGACCGCCUCAACCCCUCCCCUCAGCAGACGACUGUAGAGAAAAUUCACCUGAUCGACCAAGAAGUCCUGAAGCAGCAGACCAGAGAGGACCACCACAUCUUCCAGUGGCUCCAGUUCCAGGCUCAGAAAGGAGAAGCAGAGGCAGAGCAAACCAUGGGCCAGAUGCUCUUCUGGGGUCUGCGGGGAGUGGCCAGUGACCCUCGAAAGGCCGCGAGGCACUACCAGAGAGGGGCGGAGCUACACGCCGACCCUGUGUCCAUGUACGACUACGGCAUAGUGCUGCUGCAGGGCCAUGGUGUUGAGAAAGACAUUCCCAAAGGAGUGUUUUAUCUCAAGAAAGCAAUGGACAAGGGUUCGGUCCCCGCCAUGAACGCUCUGGGCUGGUACUACGAGAACUUUGAGAAGAACUACCAGGAGGCGGUGCAGCUGUGGGAGCGUGCAGACCGCCUGGGCAGUCCUGAUGCCGCCAUGAACCUGGGAGUCAUGUAUUUACAGGGACUCUACCCAAACAAGCCACAAAACCAGUUUUUGGCCUAUCAGUACUUCCUCAAAUCAGCUGAUCGAGGCCACAUCAAAGCAGCCACUCAGGUGGCAAUGAUCUGGACCACUGGGAUCCCGGCACGUGUGGACAGGAGGCCGCUGGAAGCCGUAAAGUUAACAAAAUGGGCCUCUGAACACAAUGGACACCUGGGCCAUGUGCUGCGCAAGGGGCUCGACUCCUAUUUGAAGAAAGACAUGCUCACGUCAGUAUUGUUUUACCUGAUGGCGGCUGAGUCCGGUUUCGCAGCUGCUCAAUUUAACCUGGCAUUCUUGUGUGAACAGGAUGCGGGCCAGUUCUUACAUCCUGACUUUGUCUCUUCUUGUAUGUGGAAAUAUUAUAAUGUCAGCACGCACAGUGAAAGUCCACAAGCGUACGCAUUGAUAAAGCUGGGCGACAUGCUCUACCAGGGCCACGAAGGCAGACGGAGAGAUGUGGAGUCUGCAGCUCGCAUGUACGCAGCAGCGGCUCUGAGGGACCAGCCGCAGGGUGUAUUUAACCUCGGGACCCUGGUGGAGGAAGGCCAUGAGCUGCCCCUGUCGAUACUCCAUGAUCUGGGCCUCUCUGCGCUGGUCCGCUCACACCGGACUGUGAUCCUAAAGGCUUUGUAUGAAAAAUGCAGGGAUUGGGACGACACAGACUCCUUCGUGCCCUGCUCCCUCACCCUCUUCAAUGUCUACUUACAAGAGCUUCGUGAGGACUACAGCGCUUCUAUAAAGUACUGGAGUGUGUUGACCAUCGCGCCCACACUUUAUCUGCUCUUCAGGAAGUUUGUAUCGAGCAACAGCAGAACAGCAGCAGAUAUUGGAUGUAACAAAAUGGAUAUAGAAGAGCAAAGGGAAAAAGUGGACAAGGAGGAAGAGGAAGACCAGGAGAAUGACGGUCUGGCCUGGCUCCUGCGCAGGGACAGCACAGAAGUGAUGCCCAUGGACACAAACAUCACACAGAGCAGCCCAUGUCUAAGUGAAGGUGAUGGUAAAUGCACUCUGGAGUUUUCCCGAGAGCGAGUGUUUGAAGCUGCCUCCUGCGGUGAUGCGUCAAAGCUCCAAGGUCUGCUGGACUCUCUGACAGCCACCAAAAGACGCCUCACCAGCCCCGAGUUUAUCGAUCAGUCCAAUGGGAAAACUGUCCUCCUCAAGGCCUUAUUGAACCUAAAAGAAGAUAGAAAUGACACAAUUGAAGUGCUUUUGGACAUAGCAGAGAAAAGUGGAGAUUUACAAGACCUGAUCAAUGCAUCCUACACAGACUGGUGUUACAAAGGGCAGACGGCUCUUCAUGUGGCCAUCGAGAGGAGGAGCUUGGAGCACGUGAAGCUUUUGGUCCAGAAAGGAGCAAACAUUCAGGCCAAAGCCAAUGGGAAGUUCUUUCAGCACGAUGAAGGAUUUGGCUUUUAUUUUGGGGAGCUGCCUCUGUCUCUGGCUGCCUGCACCAAUCAGCCUGAGGUGGUGUCCUUUCUCCUGGACAACCCUUACAAUCGAGCCAAAGUGACGGACAGUGACUCUGAGGGCAACAGUGUCCUGCAUGCACUGGUGGUGAUCGCAGACAACAGCCCCGAGAACACAGACAUGAUCGCAAACAUGGACAAGCUCAUCGGCCUUGAGGACAUCCAGAACAACCAGGGACUCACACCUCUCAAGUUAGCCGCCAAGCUGGGCAAGAUCGGGCUGCUGAAGCACAUGCUGAAUCGAGAGUUUGUGGACAAAGAGUUUCGUCCCCUGUCCAGGAAGUUCAUUGAAUGGGUGUAUGGGCCGGUCCACUCGUCUUUAUACGACACCAGCUCCAUCGACACGGAUGAAGAACACUCUGUGCUGGAGAUCAUUGUGUUCGGCAGCCAAAUCCCUAACCGCAUAGAGAUGCUGCAGCUGGAGCCUCUGCGCAGUCUUCUGAAGGAUAAGUGGGAGCGCUUUGCAUCCAAACUCUUUCUAUUUAACUUUGUUGUUUACAUGGUUUACCUGAGCAUCUUCACAGCUGUGGCCAUCAACAGGAAAGAGGGGAAGCCCCCAUUCCCCAUCGAGGAUGUUCCUGAUGACUACCUGCGCAGCACUGGACAGAUCAUCAGUGUCCUGGGAGCACUCUGGUUCUUUUACAGAUCAGUGGUGGUUUUUAGAAGGAAUCCGCCAAAGUUCAGCAGUCUCUACACAGAUGGAUUCAGUGAUAUCAUCUUUUUCAUCCAGGGUCUUCUGAUCGUGCUCUGCGUUCCUCUGUAUGUGAGUGGACUCAGAGAGUAUGUGGGACUGCAGGUCAUCUCCCUGGCCCUGGCCUGGCUCAACAUUCUACACUAUGCAAGAGGAAUAAAACAACUGGGCAUUUAUAACGUGAUGGUGCAGAGGAUGAUCCUCAGAGAUAUCCUGCACUUUCUGUUAGUGUAUGCUGUCUUUCUCUUUGGAUUCUCAGCAGCAAUCAUGUCGCUUAUAAAAGACAUCCCCCCAGAGCCGCUUAAUGAGACAGAGGCGCUUAAUGAGACAGAACCUGCGAUCGUGAACCCUCUGGACAUCUGUAGAAAACCCUCCUAUACCGACGUGCGCUUCACCAUUUUGGAGCUGUUCAAGUUCACUAUUGGAAUGGGAGACCUGCGGGUCACUGACAACGUCCAGUACAAAGAGGUCUUCUACUUCCUGCUCAUCCUCUACAUCGUGCUCACCUACAUCCUGCUGCUGAACAUGCUCAUCGCCAUCAUGGGAAACACGGUGGAACGGAUCUCCAGCGAGAGCGAGAACAUCUGGAACCUGCAGAGGUCUCAUACAAUUCUGGACAUGGAGAGAACUCUUCCAAACUGUAUGUUGGAUAAACUACGCUCUGUUGGGUCAAAAGUUAGUUUCAAACAUGAGCGGGACAAAAGUCGAAGAUUUUUAAGGGUGACAGAGACUUACUGGACUGAGUGGCGUUCAGAUAUGUAUGUUUGUCAAGAGGAGGAUCCAGGAAAUGACAUUCUCAACCUGCCGUCCACUGGAGCCAACGGAAACAGAUGGCACCUUCGGCCUCUCAUGGACAGAAUACGAGUCAGACUACAGCCUCAAACUGUGCAGCCCUGA